AUGUCCAAAGAGAUGGGCGAUUCACAUCACGGGGGUGAAGACGCCAAGGACUUCCAUGUUGGCCAAUCCCACGAGACGCCCCAUCGUGUGUACAACACAUGGACAGCCAGUGCCUACCAGGUUCUGAUGAUGGCAAGCUGGACUUGUAAUGUUGUACUAUAUUCGACCGUGUUCGAUGUUGGCGGUCCCAUGAUGCUGAUAUACUCAACAAUCAUCGUUACGGUCGGACAGUGCUUAAUGAUGAGUUCGCUGGCUGAGCUAUGUUCCGUGUGGCCAUAUGCAGGUGGUCAGCAAGCAUUCACGAAAUAUCUUGCCCCUCAGAGAAUUCGACGGUUCCUAUCAUAUCUUGUUGGCUGGGUCGUUCUACUGGGAGAGAUUGCCACGGUUUGCGGAUGUUCCAUGAACAGCGCACAAAUCAUUGCGUCUGUUGUCUCUAUCCACAACCCCACCUUCGUGGCCGAGACCUGGAGUACCUAUCUCAUCUUCGUGGCCCUGACGCUCCUGUCCCUCCUCUUCUGUUUCUCGCAGAAGCAUCUCCCCGCUAUUGCCGUUCUCGGUGGCAUCAUCACUCUGGGUGGCGGUCUCGCAUGGGCCAUCUCAUUCCUCACCCUCGCGCCCAAGCAUACGGCUAGCUUCGUCUUUACCCAUUUUAUCAACAAUUCCGGAUAUACUAGUAGCGCAUGGGUGGGCAUCAUGAGCUUCUACACGCCAAUCUACGCGCUGUACGGAACAGAUGGCAUCCUACAUAUUGCCGAAGAGAUGCGAGAUGCCCCAAAGAGCGCACCGCGAGCCAUGGUAUACUCCAUGAUUUUCAGUGGUAUCACUUCUGUCAUGGGCGCCCUUGUCAUGGCUUUUUGUGCUGGAGAUUGGGAGACAUAUAUGGAGUCAGACUUUCCAUUUGUAGACUGGUUCGUUGAUAUCCUUGACAGCUCUGCAGGCGGCAGCGCGCUGGUGAUCGUGGUUAUCGUUUUGCUCAACUUCCUUAUCGCCGUUGGCAUCAACACUGCUGGGUCGCGGCUAGCAUGGAGCAUGGCACAUGAUCAUGCUUUGCCCUUUUCUAGUACUUUUCAACAAGUCAACCAAGCAGCCCAGACACCGCUCAACGCACUCCUUCUUCUCGUUGUUACAGAGUUGGUUAUUGGCCUUGUCCUUUUCGGAAGUGAUUAUGCUUUCCAGAUUGUCGUCAGUCUGGGUGGAGUUGCAAUUCAGUUCGGAUACCUGAUCCCAAUCUUGAUGGUGAGCCCUCUGACCUAUACCCCCGAGAUGUCGAGGCCUGGGCUCACAUGUUUGAAACUUCUUGUUCGGGGCCGCAGUGUGCUCCCUGCUGACCGAAAAUUUAAAAUCCCGUUCGGUCUUGCUAUUAAUGUUGCGGCUGUCUGUUGGUCAUCACUUGUUAUCAUCAUCUUAUUCUUCCCUCUUUACGUGCCCAUAACUGCCAACAACCUUCUUGAUAUGAACUGGGCUGUGGUUCUUUUUACGGGAUUGGUAGUGAUUAUCAUCCUUGAUUGGAUGUUUAGAGGUAAACGUCGCUAUGUCAUUACAGGCGCAUAA